AUGAAUGACUUCACAUUGUAUAUUAUCAGUAUUAUUUUAUGUUUAUAUAUUUUAUUGACAUGUGCCGACAAUAAUGAAACUACUGUUGAUUCUAUAGCUAUUGCUAAACCACAUGCAAAAGUAUGUGGCGAUAUUCGUGUAACAUUAUUUGAAUUACGACGUGGUUUUGAUGCUCAUGCUUUAUCAUCUUGUGAAAUAAGUCUUGGUUCAGUCACAUAUGCUCCAAUGCAUUCCUUAAUAAAUGCCAAUACAACAAUAUCAAUACGUUUUCCAUAUCUUCGUGAAGUCUAUGGUUAUAUGUUAUUAGGUUAUUCAUCUAUGCGUUCAUUUUCAUCAAUGUUUCCACGUUUAUCAAUUAUACAUGGACGAGAUUUAUAUCAUGGAUAUUCAUUAAUUGUUAUGGAUAAUUUUUUAUUAGAUAAUUUAGGUUUAACAUCAUUAAUUAAUAUACGUCGAGGAAAUAUAAUUAUAGCUCGAAAUGCUCAAUUAUGUUAUGCUGAAUCUUUACGUUGGAAUGAUAUAAUGGAAACAAAAAAGAAUCAAGUUAUAGCACGACAAAAUCGUGAUAAUUGUGCUUUUUGUCCAACAUGUCCAUCAGCAUGUUGGUCACCAACACAAUGUCAACAACGAUGUUCACCUAAUUGUCCAGGAAAUUGUUUAUCAGAAACAGUAUGUUGUCCGGAACAAUGUGUUGGAGGAUGUCAUUAUACUAAUACAACAUCAACAUCAAAUUUAAUUUGUAAUGCUUGCAGAAAUAUGAGAAUUUAUUCUACAGGAAUAUGUGUACAAAAAUGUCCAGAAAAUAUGUUGAAAGCUGGUGGUUCUUUAUGUGUAACUCGUCAAGAAUGUACAUCAUUUUUUUUGGGUACUGGUUAUAUAUUAGAAGAAAUAAAUGAAUGUGUUUUAUCAUGUCCAUCUGGUUUUAAUCGUGUGACAGGUUCACGUUGUACGCGUUGUACAUCAUCUCCAGAAAAUAAUUAUUGUAAUGGUGCAUGUCGUGAAAAACAUAUUCGUUCAAUAGGAGAUUUUCAAUCAUUAAAAUAUUGUUCACGUGUACAUACAUUAAAUAUCUACAAUAUAGAAACAGUUGGAUCAAGUGGAAAUAAUUUUUUAGAAACAUUUACUGCAUUUAAUUCACUUGAACAAAUUGAUCAUGAAUUUACAAUACAUAAUGUUAAAAUAUUUUCAACAUUAAGUAUUUUUUCUCAAUUACGUCGUAUUGGUAUAACAUCAAAUGCUUCAAUGACAAUUGAAGAAAAUGAAUUUUUAACUGAACUUUGGCCAUCGACACAACAACGACCAAUUAUACAAGGAAGUUUAAAUAUCGUUCGUAAUGCUCGUUUAUGUUUAAAACAUAUUAUAAAUUUUAUUAAUUAUACAACUACACGUGAAAAAGAACUUCAAGUAACACGAGAUACAAGGAAUGAAUAUGCUAAUGGAUAUUUAGCAUCAUGUGAAUCAAGUUUUUUAAAAAUAACAAUUGAUAAAAUACGUUCAUUAACAGCACGAGUUAGUGUUGCUAUACCAAAAGAAUUAUUUCUUCGUUCAAGUGGUACAGCUGAACAUUUACGUCGACCAUUUUUAUCAGUUUAUUAUAAAACAACACGAACAAAAAAUGAAACACAUUUUGAGGCAACAAAUUCACGUAAAUGGUCAAGAGUAGUCGAAAAAGUUCAUUAUAAUCCAUCACCUCAUGGUGCUUCGUUUACAAUGAGUGCGCAGUUAACAACACUAUCUGGUGAUGAAUGGUAUGCAGUUUAUGCAUCUAUAACAUCAAAUCUUAAUACAAUCGGUUUAUUUUCUCCGAUUGCUUAUUUUCGUACAUUACAACGUCAACCUGAACCAAUACUUAAUUUACGAGGUGAGUCAUUAUCUCAUUCAACAAUUGAAUUAGUAUGGCAACCACCGUCAAAACCUAAUGGUCCCAUAAAAACUUAUCUUAUUUAUUAUGCACCAAUGGAAGAUCGUUUACCAAUAAAUAAUUCAAACUUCCUUUGUUUAAUGAAAGAUCGUUGGCGAUCAGAAGAAACUGUUCAACUUAAUCAUUUAAAUCUUACACAAUCAUCACGAUGUGGACGACCAAAAUCUCGAAUAUCUCAUGCAAAUACAAAUAAUGAUGAUGAAACAGAUGAUGAAAAUGAACAAAAUACAAAUAUUGAUCAAGUUGUUACUGAUUUAUCCAUACUUGAAUAUCAACUUAUUAAUUCUGUAAGUCAACGAAAAGAUCCAUUAUUUAUUCGUCAAGAACUUAAAGAUACAAUUAUUAAUGACUUAGAUCAUUAUUUUGAAGAUAAAAGUAGUGCUUUUAACGAUAAUUAUAAAUCAGAUUCUCAAGAACAACCCGUUGUUGAGCAUAAACCACAUAUUGAUCAGUAUAAUCAAUCUGUAUCUGAUACAAAAAUUAUUAUUGAUAAUUUAAAAGAAGCACAAAUGUAUAUGUUUCAAGUAUAUGCAUGUCAUGAUAUAUCAAAACAAGCUUUAUCUGAGGCUUGUAGUCUUAAUGGAAUUAUAUUAGCUGUCAGAACAAAGCCCGGUGAUCCAUCACGGGAUUUAGUACGUAAUGUUCAAUUAAUUGCUCCAAUAGAAGAUUCUGAUCUUAUAACUACUAAUACAAAAUCACUUACUUAUCAAAUAUCAUGGUUAGAACCAUUACAACCAAAUGGACUUGUUUAUUUUUAUAUUAUAUAUAUUGGACAAAAUAGUAAUAAUGGACCAAAAGAAGAACGUUGUGUUGGACAUGAUAUAAAUUCAGUAAAUGUAACCCUGUCACCGAGAACAACAUAUCGUUUAAAAAUAAUUACAUAUACAAUAGCUAGAUUAAAUAAUGAAUAUGGAGAUAGAGAACAUAUUAAUGGUGAACAACAUUCAUUGAAUUCAACAGAUUUAUAUUUUGAAGUAAUUUUUACAACAAAAGAUUUAGCAAGUAAUGAAUUAGCCCGACAAAAUCGUUUAUUAGUAUUUAUAUUAAUGAUUGGUUUAACUACACUUUUAUUAUUAUUUCUAAUUGGUGCAUUACUUUAUUAUUAUAAAUAUGGUCGAAGUGAUACAAAAGCUUCGAUUUCAAAAAAUCCAAAUUAUGAAUUAUAUACACCCGAUCGAUGGGAAAUUGAUAAAGAUUCUGUUACAUUAGAUAAACUUAUUGGUCACGGACAUUUUGGUCAAGUUUAUCAAGGUGUUUUGAAAUUACAAGAUGGAACAUUAAAAGCAUGUGCAAUUAAACUUCGAACAACACAUCCAACUGAUUUAUUACAAGAAGCAUCAAUAAUGAAACAAUUUCGAUGUUAUCAUGUUAUUCAAUUAUAUGGAAUAUGUUCACGUAUUCGACCACCUUAUGUUGUUAUGGAAUUAAUGGUAAAUGGAGAUUUAAAAAAUUAUCUUUAUCGACAUCGACCAAGUGAACUUAAUCCAAAUAGUCCAACAUUAUCUGAAUCAGAAAUGAUUCAAUUAGCAUUAGAUGUUGCCGAUGGAAUGUAUUAUUUAUCAGAUCAAAAAUUUGUUCAUAGAGAUUUAGCUGCAAGAAAUUGUCUUGUUAAUGUAAAUCAUACGUGUAAAGUUGGAGAUUUUGGAUUAACACGUGAUAUCUAUGAAACUGAUUAUUAUCGACGUGGUGGUCGAAGUUUUCUUCCUAUUCGAUGGAUGGCACCAGAAAGUUUAAGAGAUGGACGUUUCGAUACCAUAUCUGAUGUUUGGUCAUUUGGUGUUCUUCUAUGGGAAAUAGCAACAUUAGCUGAACAACCUUAUCAAGGUUAUGGUAAUGAAGAAGUUGUACAUUAUGUUCGAUAUGGAAAUAUAACACUUGAACGUCCACAAAAUUGUCCAGAAAUAUUACAUAAAUUAAUGCGUGCUUGUUGGACAUUUGCACCCGGUGAUCGUAUAUCUUUUCGAUCAAUAGUUGAUGAAUUAGUUCCAUUUGAAAAUGAAGAUUUUCAUUUAAAUGCAUAUUAUCAUACUCAAUCAAAUCCAAGCUCAGCAACAGUUCUAUUGGAUAGUAAUAAUAAUGAUGAAAAAGAUUUAUUAUUAGCUGAUGAUAAUGACAGUGAACAGCAUUAA